AGGCGUAGGACGCGCCAGUAUUGCAUCGCUCGCCCAGCUGACGGCUGACCUGACGUUUCCCUCGUCACCGGCCGAGUUUGAGAAAAAUUUCUCGUCGGAGAAAAUUCUUGUCGCGCCCGCAGACCCUUCCACACCCAGUCUACGUCGCCGUCCGCCAUGCCACGCGCGAGAUAAUGUCACGGUCCGCUGUUGGACGGUCGCGCUCGCCGACGACGGGGACGACGAGGUUAGGCGCGCGGUUUAUUAUCAAUCCUGACGUGUCAGACGCGAGGCGCAAAUGGCGGCCGAGGAGGAUGUGUCCGCGCUCGUGGAGCGGGUGGACAAGCUGAGCGUGUCGGCGACGAGGAUGGCGACGACGACGGACGAGGACGAGGAGGCGGCGACGACGACGGCCAGGAUCGAGAGCGGGAACGUCGAGAACGGUGACGGGAGCGGCGGCGAGACCCGGCUCUGGGGCUUCGAGACCCGGGAGCUGUACAAGCUCGCGCAUAACUUCUACAAAGAGAAAGAAGGCAAGGCUGUGCAUCUCUCCUACGAGGAUAAAUUGAAAUUGGUGGCGUUCACGCAGCAAGUGACGCAUGGAAAAUGUACAGCCGAAAAUGCACCACCUCUGGGCGUCCUGGACGUGAUUGGAAGGGACAGGCGGUUGGCAUGGCAAAACCUAGGGGAUAUAUCAAGGGAACAGGCGAUGGAGGGUUUUAUAGUAUUGUUAGAUAAGCUGUGUCCUCUAUUCAGAACCGUGGUCGAGGCGCAGAAGAGGGACUCCGAGGAGAAACAGCGGCUCAAGAAGGAGGAGGAGGCCAAGAAGCUGGACGAGGAGAGGAAGCUUAAGGAGCUGGAGGAGGAGAGGAAAAAGCAAGAGGAGGAAAGACUGAAAGAGGAGACUCAGAGGAGGCAGAUCCAGGAUGCUUUGAAUCAGCAGACCUAUUAUCAGUUCAAGGUGUACGCCGAGCAGCAAUAUCCCGGCAAUCCGGAGCAACAGGGCGUUCUGAUCAGGCAGUUGCAGGAACAACAUUACCACCAGUACAUGCAGCAACUGAAACAGAACCAAUUAGUCAUCGAGGACCAGACGGAGGAGGAGGAGAAGAAGAGCGUCGAAGCAGAGGACACGAUCUGCAAGGACGACGACGACGACGACGACAACAAGGACGACUCGACCGAGAACGCGCCUCUGAACGAUGACGACUCGGACGAUUUGGAGGACUGGCCGCCCAUCACUCCCGCCGAGAUGUGGACGAGGAAGGGCGUCGAGGAAUUUAAGCAGAUCAUCAGGAGAGAGGCGGGCGACGCGGUCAUCAAGGUCGGCCACGGCGAGACGGUUACGGUGCGAGUGCCAACGCACGAGGACGGGACGUGCUUGUUCUGGGAAUUCGCGACGGACGGUUACGACAUCGGUUUCGGGGUUUACUUCGAGUGGUCCAAGCCGGAGUCGAAUCAGGUCUCCGUUCACAUAAGCGAGUCCGAGGACGAGGACGAGGAGGAGGAGUACGAGCCGCGAGAAGACCUGGAGAGUGGCUCGGUAAUAAACGGCACCCCUCGACCUGAACGGAAAACGAGCACGCCGCCCAUAAGCGUCAUAGUACCUGUAUAUAGGAGAGACUCUCAAGAGGAGAUUUACGCUGGAAGUCAUCAGUAUCCAGGCGAGGGGAUAUAUCUUCUAAAGUUCGACAACUCUUACUCGCUUUGGCGGAGCAAAACGCUUUACUACCGGGUGUAUUACACACGGCAGAACUUCGUGAAGAAUAAUGAUUAGUCUUUACGUUACAUAUUGAAGAGCUGAGAUGUGUAUCGGGGUAUACGUCGUCGUCUGUUGAGCACUAGCCUUGGCAUAAUAAUUGUCUACUAAUAAUGCUAGUCCAACUAAAUUAAGUUUCAUGUUCCCGAUUCGGUUCCCGCGAGAGCGAUAAAAUCUGUUCGCAUACAAAGAAAAUAUAUAUAUUUAUUGUAUAGUCAGAUAAGGACACACACACACAUGUUCUAUAUAUUGUUUAAAGGUGGCAAAAAACUGUGCGCACGAAACAGAUUCUUAAAAGAUUAUCUACGAGAUGACUGUGUAUAUUAACAUUUAACUCUUCUGUCUACAUAAUAUCGCAAUUAAUCUGCGGCGAGAUUCUUGCACUUGUGUCGUUUCCUCGAUUCAGGCUGCGAUUCCUGUGUCGUCGUGAUUUUGGAAAAUACUUUAAAAUAUUUAUAAUAUCGGUGCGCAAAUCUUUAUAUAUUAUAUAUAUAUAUAUCUCUGGAAAAAAAUGUUUCGUGUUAGAACAAAGGGUUAAAUGUAUACACAUGCGCUUUUGUAUUGUCUAUAUGGAUAUUUGCUUGGAAUGUUUUUUGCUAACUCCGUGUUAUACAGACUUUAUCACUGUAUUAGUGUUCACUAUGUCAUGUAGCUUUUAUUAAAAUUAUCUUAUUUUUCUUGAAGGAGAAAUACAGCAACAGAGAUCAAGCGCGCA